AAAAAAAAAAUAAACAUCAAUGUAAAACCAAUUCACUCCACUCAAUUGAAAAAAAUAUUUGAGAUUUUGAGUAAUUAUUUCAUUUUAUAUGGAUGGAUUCUUAUUUCCAAGGUUUUUCCACCUGCUUGAUUUUUAUCGGAAACGUGUAAUCUUUCGAUAAUAAAAUUAAAUCCGGCAACACUGUAGUCAUCUGUUAUUUAUUUGCAACGCCAUUAUCAAUGCGUUGUAAUCAAUUAACCCAGAGUCCCAGAGUCCAGACUGGCCAUACUAGAUCAAAGAUCUAUAGUGGCUGGUAUUGCCACUAGUACUUAUUCAAAUAAUAUUUCAAUUCUACUCGUUUAUAUUAAUUUUUUAAUAUAUUAAUUAUACAAAUUAUACUUUAUAAUGCUAAUUACACCAAUGUUUUCAUAUGAUUAUAUUUGUAGAUAAAAGUUUCUUUCAUAAAUUAUAUUACGUAUUUGGACAUUUUAUUAAUUAAAUUAUAUUCAAAUUAAAUGGCUCAAGAAGUAGUAUAUGGAACUCAAGACGACAGUCAUGUCGUUAUGUCUGAAAAAGUACAAUCAUUAGCUGGUAGUAUAUACCAGGAAUUCGAAAAAAUGAUAUCGAAGUAUGACGAAGAAGUUGUUAAAAACUUAAUGCCGUUGGUUGUUAAUGUGCUUGAGUGUUUGGAUCUUUCCCAUACGGAAAAUCAAGAACACGAAGUAGAAGUUGAACUUUUACGAGAAGAUAAUGAACAACUAGUCACUCAAUAUGAAAGAGAAAAACAAUUACGAAAAUCCGCAGAACAAGUAACUCUUUGCUCUUAAUAAAUUCAAUAUCAUUUAACCCUUAACUAUGGAUGUACUGUUUGUCAGACUGCAUUAAAUAAUUACAAAAAAUAAAUAAAAUUACCUAGUUUUAUUAUUCUUUUUUUAUUUUUCGAAAAUUUACAUUAAUGUUAAAGAAUAAAUUAAAAAAAUAUAAUUUGAUUUAAUUUGAUUAUAACUUAUAUUUUUUUAUUUGCACUAUGUACAAGUAUGCACGAUCUGGUUGACUGCACGCCAGCAAUUAUGUUAUAAAUAUACAUGUCGGUAGUUAAGUAUUAAAUAUGUCUGAUUAAUAGAUAAGUACAUAUUUAUAAGUAUUACAAUGAUCCAAAGCUUUUAUUAAUUCAAACAGUACAAUAUAUUAUGAUUUCACUGUAUUUUAAAUUAAAAAUGUAGUUUUUAGAUGUACAAAUUUACCAAGUUAAUGUUUAAGAUUUAACUAUAUGGAUACUAAAUUGAAAUCCUUCAAAUGCAAUUUUCACAGUUUUGUCUGGCUUUCGGUCUGAAACGUUAUAUUUGUCCAUAAAAAUGAUUAAUUUUUCUUAAAUAAGCAUCAAUGGAUUAUCAGAAAAGGUGAUCAUAAAAAUAUAAAUACAAAUUUUAAAAUUGCAUAAAAUUUGAAAAACUAUCAUCAAUCUUCUUAAUAUAAACUAAGUAAUUAAAAAAUGUUUUGAUGCAUAAGCAAAAAUCCAUUGAUUUAGUAUGUUGUAAGUAAUAGUUGAUUGGUAUCAAAUAUUAAAUAGAAUAAAUCAUUAUCAAUCACAGUUAGAAUUUAUUGUCAAAUAAUUCAAAAAGUACACUAGUUAUUUAUAUAACCUACUGAUAUUUGUUAUUUAUAUAUUAAAUAUUAUACACAUUUACUAUUAGGUAAUCUGUACAGAUUGUAUUAGUCCCUUACACUUGUAUAACUUAUUGAUAUUAUUUGGAUUAUAGAAUUUGUAAUAUUUUUUAUAAACAAUUAAGUAUGUUAUUUUUUUUUUUACUUAAAACUAACAAACAUUGUAUAGUUAUAUAAUAUGCAGUAUAGACACAGACUACUAAUAAACUGUUUUUAGUGAUUUGCAAUUUGUUUUGAGUAAACUAAUUAUUAUUGUACAAUAUAUUCUUAGAAACUGCUGGAAAUGGAAGACUAUAUUGAAGAUGAAAAAAAAGAUUAUCAAAGUAAAAUAGACAGUUUAGAAUCAAUUGUUAGAAUGUUAGAACUAAAAUCAAAAAAUGCUUCGGAUCAUGGUAAGUAAAAUCAAAUAUUUUUAUCGAAAAAAUGAUUUGUUAAAAUAAGCAAUAAAUUAAAUAUUCCAUAUGCCUAAUUGGCUUUAUCAGUUAACACAACAUAUAAUUAAGGUUAAACUACUAAUAAAUUUUAUCAUUUUAGUUCAAUAUAAUAUUAAAUAUUUGUAUUACAUUUUUAUUAUAAUUUUCAUUAUAACAUGAUUUCUGGCUAGGUAUUAUUGAUAUUGAACAACAGUAAAUUAUUUAUAUUUAUUACAUUUUUGUUGUUUUAUGGAUAGUUUAUGUCUUAAUACAAUUUUAUUUCUUAUUUACUAAUUAUUAAGUAAUUAAGUUGAAUAAUAAAUUAUUAUAAUUUAUAAUAUGUAUAGAAAAUGUUUCCUAAAAAGAAUUAUUAUUUUAAUCAUAAUUUGGUAUUCCUAUACAAAACUAUAAUUUUGUUUUAGUUUUAUUUACUACUACCUCUAUAUGUGGUUGAAUGUAAUUAAUAUUUUAAACAUUUUUUUUAAUAAAAGCAGUUAAGUUGCAAAAAACGUAGGAAAACGUACAAUUUCACAAUUUUAUGAUUUUAUAAAAACAUGGACGACGUUUUCUACUUCUUAAAAAUCACAAGUUAUCUUUUUUGUUGUCUUUUUGAUUUACUUUCUUAUGGUAUCAUUGCCAAAACUUUUGAGCUUUUAAGGAAUUUGAAUUUUUGGUAGUUUUUUUGCUGUAAUUUGGUUAUAAAUACACUUAGAGACUUGAAACUUAGUGAUAAUACUUAUAUUGGAUUUACCUAAACGUGAUCAAAUUUCUAAAAUGAUCAGAUGACUUUUAUUUUUUAAUAAUAAUUGAAAUCAAAUUUAAACGAAAAUUGUGAAAAAAAAAUUAUGGAAAUUCAAAUUAUGUAUUAUCGAACUGUGCCUAAAAUUGUCUUUCGUCAAGCAAUGGUUUAUCAUUGCUUACAGAAAUAAAUGAAAUAACCUUAUGUAUUCUACCUUCCAAACUUUUUAUCUAUAAUAGUGGCAGCUCCCAUCCCCAGUAUCAGUACUUUUUUUAAAAUUAUUUGAUUUGAUACUCAUAAAAAGAAAAAAUUACAAUUUUUAAUAAAAUAACGUACCAUAUAUGAGCUUUUCGCAUACUACAGGUUUGAAACCACUGCUUUAGAUGUGAUCUCAACUUCCUUUUAUUCUGUUUCCAUAAAUUCCAGUUCUACUGUUUGAUAAAUUUAUAUUUUAUUAUAUUAUAUUUUACAAUGUUUCCAUUGCUAUUGCUAUUGUUUAAUAACACAUUAAAAUGUUUUUUGAAAUCAUUCACGUAUUUUUUUUUUUCUGAUUUUUUUAUCAGAAAAUAUACAUAAUUAUUUUUUUUGAUGAAAUAUGUCGUUAAACAUUAUUACUUAAAACUUAAAAUUAAAUUAUUAAAAUUUAUUGACAAAUUCUCUUAGGUUAUUAUAAUUUUCAAUAGAUUUAAAUUUUAACUUUAUAAGUUUUUAUUAGAAAGUCCUUUUUAAACAGUUUUUAUUCAUUUUCUUUAUUCUUAAAUUCUUAAUAAAAUCAUAAUUAAUGUAUAAAUAAUAUUUAUAUUGUCUUCUGAUACUUAUUUGUAUUUUUAAGAUUAGUACUAUUUUAAAUAUUACUUUAUUACACUGUUUAUGACAAUAGUUUAUAGAUUAGAAGAAAAAGAACAAGAUAUGAAACAAGAGUACACCAAACUUCAUGAGAGAUACACAGAAUUAUUUAAAACACAUAUGGAUCAUAUUGAACGUACAAAAAUAUUAAUGGGUUCAGGUGACCGUAUGGACAACCCUAGAAGUAUCCGUAUGCCAUUUAUGAGCAUGGCCCACAUUAAUCGGUACAAUAAUAUAUUUUUAAAAUUAGAAUAAUUCUAAGAAAGUAAUAUUUUAUUAUUUUGUUACUUAGAUCCUCUGGACCUGUUUCAUUUGGGUUUAGUUCCCUUGAAAGUCCAUCUACACUUAAGUCUAUUGAUGGCCCUAAUGAAUACCCAUUAGUAAUAUCAAAUUCUCCUUCGGGAAGUAUACAUUCCAAUUCUAGUCUAAAAAAUGAGUUACAAACUCCACAGGUAAACACAAAUACAAACAAAUGUUUAUUUUUUUAGUUCAUUUUACUAAAAUAUUAACUUAAAGUUAACAAAUAAAUAUUUUUAAAUAAUUUUUAUAGUGAAGAUAAAUAUUAAAAUUUGAUUUAUUAUGAUAACUCAAAAGUGGAUUUUAUUGUUUUUGAAUUUUCUUAUUAUUUUUUUUUAAACUAAUUUUAUUAUAUUUUUAAGAUUUUUAUAUAGAGAUCUUUUAAUUUGUAUUUUUAUAUUGCGGUAUAAUUUGUGGGUGUCUUAAUUAUAAAACAAAUUUGAAUAUAAUAUUUUACUCAUUGUUUAUGUAGUUUAUUUAAAAAUUCACAAAUUAAUGCAUUUUUACAAUGUACUAAAGUGUGUGGCCCUAUUGAUAAGUUUAUUAUAGAAUAUUAUCUAUUGUAAAAUGUGAAGUAUUAUUGAACAAUUAGUGUAAUAUUGAAUCAAUUAAAAAUACUAUAAUGGAUUUUUUAUUUGAUUAAAAUAUCCUUAGUUAUUUUAUUUUAUAUCUUUGUAGGAUAUUAAUACUUCUGAAGCAGAAUCUCGUUUACGUAUUGAUCAAGUAUCUGAACGAGGUUGGUCUGAAACUUUAAAUUCAAUCAGCAAAGCUGAUAGUAGUCCUGAUGAAGUCCCAGAAAUAGUAGAAGAAAUAGAAGCAACACCUAAAAAUGCUGUCAUUUCACUUAGUGGACGAAGUCAUACACAAAGGUAAAAUUAAAUUAAUACAAUGGAUCAAAAAUUAACAUGCUGAUAAAAUAUGUAUUUAUUUUAGAGAACAAAGACCCGCUACUAAUGUUCUAUAUCAAGAAUUUAGCUUCCAAGAUACUGAAGUUCAAAAUGAAAUAGAAGAAGUUCCAGAAAUUACUGGUAAGAAUACUAAUAAAUAUAUUAAUUAUAUUAUUUUAGUUUUAAUUAUUAUAUAUUAUAAAGUUUAUCUGCAAGAUUUGAAAAUUGCCAAUGGCAUUGCAUAGGGAAUUGUCAAAUCCGGCAGAUGUAUACCAUUUAUAGUAAUAGCAUUUUUUUCCUAAAGACGAUUUAUUGAAUUUUUUGAAUGUAUAUAUGUUACUGGAAAACGAGGAAAUAGGGGCAAAUCUCAAAAAUGAUUCAUUCUUAAAAUGCCAUACGUCAUACUGCUACACAAAUUAUGCUUCACUACUUUCCCCCUACUCAAACUUAAAAAUGGAAUAUCACGUCAACAAAUUGACAAAAAUUGCAAAUUUAAACUCUAAAAUUUAUUUUCACUACUACUUCUUCCAUUUAUAGGACUUUUAGUUUAGGUUAACAUUUGAAAAUCAAAAAUAGAUAGUCGUUUCACUCCCAAAAAUUAGAAUGACAAAAUAUAAUGUAAAUAUUAAAUUUUAGAACAGCCUUGGUUUUUAAAUGUCCUUUAAAACAAAUUUCCAAAAAAAGUUAAUACUUUCCAAGAUAAUGAGUGUCUUACGAUAGAUUGAUUUCCCAAAAUAUGUCAAAAACCCAAUAUUUUGGUGCAAGAACCAAUUUAUUACUCAAGAGAGCAAGUAAUAUAAUAUUAUUAAUAGAGUAUUGUAACAUGGUACCUACCUACUAUGAAAAAUUGAAAUUAACAUUAUAGAUUUGCCAGAAUAAGGUAAACGCUGAAAUAAGGUGUAUUGCCCAGGCAUUUCUGAGAUUUGUCCGAUUUUGGCUUUUGCCUGUAACAUGUAUGUAUAUAUUAAAUUUAAAUGUACAACUGUUUUGAAACUAAUUAGUAUAUUUUUAUAAUCAAAUAACAUUUUUUUUUUAGAGCUUAUUUGACUUUCAUUAAUAUCCUAAUAAAACUAGAACACCAAAUUGAAGUGUUAAUAACUUAUUUUAACUAAACAUUUUUUUAUCAUUUGAAAUAGAAAACUUAAUUGUUGUUGAUUAUUAUAAAAAAAAAACUCUAAAAUACUUUGUUAUGCAAAUUGAUUAUAGUAUAUACCAACUGAAUUUAAACCAUCCAUGUAAAACAACAAUAUUAAACAAAACUUAAUUUUUCUUUUCAUGUCCAGGUUCAAUUAUAAUUUUAUAAAGCUGAAGUUUUCAAAAUUCUUUAUUUUGAAAAAUUGAGAACUUUUAGUUACAAGCAAAUGUAAUCUAAGAGUUUUUAUCAUAAAUAUUUAAAAUUUUAAAAUAAUUUUAGUUAACAGUUUUGGAUAAUUUAGAGUGUGCUAAAUUUUAUUUUUUUUAUUUCAGGAAAUUGGGUACAUCCUGGAGAUUAUUCUUCAUCUGGUACGAUAUAUUAUUAUCAUUAUUAUUUUAUGCUUUUCCAAAAUAAAAAAUACUAGUUUCCUGCUUUUAUAGCUCAGCUUUUUUAUUUAUUUGUUUAUAUUCUAUAUUAUUUCAAACGCACAGCAUUCAUUGUUUUAAAAUUAUUUUUUGCAUGUAUUUUUUCUUCUUACAUAAUAUUUUCAACAACAGUCAGCAGUGAGACUGAACCAGAAACUCCACUCUCGAUAGGUAUGAGUUUUCUUCUAGUUUCUUUUUACAUAACAUCUGCAUAAUUUAUAUAAAAUAUAUUUUAUGGGUAUUUUUAGUACCAAAUAACAUCAUUACAUCAAUAAGCUCAUAUAAAUAAAAUCAAAUUAAUUUAAUUUAAAUUUAUGAGUUUAGAACAAUAAAAUGUUUCUUUAAAUUAAAAUAUACUCACUUUCAUUUUAUUUUUUGAAUUGUAAAAUAAAAUACUAUUUAAUUAAGUUUGAUUAAUUAUUUAAUAUUUAUAUUGUGUGAUUAUGGUCCAGAGCAGAGGUUGUUAAUUUAGAAUAUUAUAUGCAAUAUUUUUAGUGUAAUCUAUCAGCAAAUUUUAUGAAUACAAUUUAUGAUACUCAUUGUUUUAAUGAUCAUCUGAUUAUCUUGUAGUUUAUCCUAUUCAUAAACAGGUUAUGCCACAUAAAUAUAGUAUAGUAAAAAAUAAUUUUAAUAAAAGAUGUAGUUUGAUUGAAUGAGAAAAUAAUUGAGGUUUUUAUUUUUAAAAACUUUAAAUCUAUAUUUGGAGCAAUGUUUCACUCAUCAUAUUAAGUCUUGAGUGAAUUUGUGUAGUGUAUUCUGGUAUGUUAGAUGUGUGACAAACCAAAUAUUAUAAUAAUGUGUCUCCUUUAAGUAAGUAGUUAAUACAUUUCUCUCUUGUAAUCUUCAAAUUAUAUCUUCAAUGGAAAAAAUUUAAAUAAAUAAAAAUAUAUUUAAAAAAAAAAAAUAAAGAUAUCUAGUAUUACACUGAGUUGUCAAAUACUGCUUAUAAUUAUUGCAAGUUUUAAAUACUUUAGUUUUUUUCUAAGAAAACUACUAAUAUGUUACAUGUCAUGUACAAAGGUUUUCAAAUCUUAUUCCUACAAUGAGGUUACAUGGAAUACUUUUUGUAAUUAUUCAAUUUGUUAAAUUAAAACAAAGAUGUAAAUUGGUCAACCCUAAAUAGUUAGAGUGAAGCAAAAGAAGAAGAAGAAAACAAAUAUUUAAAUGCAUUUUAAUAUGGUCUUUAAAACCUAUACUUAUAUAAAUUUGAAUGUCCAUAGUAAAAACCUCUGGUCUAAAAUAUUAUUAUACAAAUAGUAUUUUUAUUUUUAACUUGUAUAUAAUUAAAUCAAACUAUUUUUAUUAGUUUCAAUCAUUAUUUAAUUACUUUCUUAAAUUUAUAAAGAAAUAUCAUAAAAUUAAUUUGAUUUAAAUUAGCAUGCCUCAGUUUUUUUUGCAUGAAUAUAUAGUUAAAUAGUAUACACAUUAUAAUGUGUGUAGAAGACAAUUUUGUGGUCUUAGUAAAUUUUUACAAACCAUGUUUACAUUUUAUGCAAGUAGUAAAUAUUUUCAUUGAUUUUACUAUAAUAUAAAUUUGCAUAAAGCUUAUAACAUAUUUUAUUAAACUAGACAAACCACUAAAUUCAAUACAAUUUGUUUUGUUUUUGUAAAACUGUCUUAUAUUUCCAAACUAUUUCAAGGUAUAAAUUAUUUUAAAUUUUUCUCUUUUUCUUGCAAUCUUAAUUUAGCCUAAGUUACUUAGUUUCGUAAACAAUAAGAGUAUUCACUUUUUAAAUUUGUAAUAAUCUAAAUUGUUGAUCCUUAAAAAAUUCAGUAGUAUUCAAAUACUAAAAAAAACUCAAACAAUCAUAUUUAAGAUGUUUAAAUGGGUAAAAAUACAAUUCCCUGCAAUUGAUGAAAACAAAUUUAGUUCACAUAAAUCCUUCAAAAAAAUGGCUACUUAUCACAAUAACUGAUAAUAUUAAUCUUACAUUACAUAUAUUUAUAAGUACGCUUUAAAAUAAGUAUUGGAUUAAAAAAAUAUAUAUUUCAAAUUUACGCCCAAAUUUGUUUUAACUAAUACUCCAUCUAUUUAAAACAUUUUCAAUAUAGGUUGCAAUUUAAGAAUCAAUAGUAGGUAGUUUUAAAAAACAAAAACAAAUAUUUCAAAAAAUAGUCAAUAUUUUUCAAAAUAGUGAGUGUUUAUUGAUAAAAGAAUUACUUGGUUUAUAAUAAUGAAAUUAAUAAAUUUAUUUAAAACUUAAUUUAGUAAAUUGUUGACUUAAAGAAGUUCUGUUAAUUCGUAAAACAUUAAGUCAAUUUGCUUUGUAUCUAACUAAAAAUAAUGGAUGGAUUGAUCUUAAAUUUCUAAACUUAAACUUAUUAUUUUUCUUGAACUUUUAAAAAAAUAAUAUUUAAAUAUCUCAGUUAACCUCCCAUAUAUCCCAUUUUAAUUUAAAUAUAAAAUAACAUUAUAUUUGACUAAAAAUAACUUAUUUCGUAUGUUUUUGCUGCUGUAACUCAAACCAUGCUCUUGUGUCCGUCUGAAAUCAUAAAACAGUUAACGAUAACUUUUUCGGUAAGACUAACAUCUAACAAAAAAUUGUAUAUAUUUUAAAAUGUAUACUAACUCUUUUUAUUAUCACUGGAAAAAAGGUAUGGGAAAAGAAGUUGAAAAUCUCAUCAAAGAAAACACGGAACUAUUGGCUACAAAAAAUGCUCUCAACAUUGUUAAAGACGAUUUAAUUAUUAAAGUUGAUGAACUUACAAGGUAUUACUAUUUUAAUUAUUUACUUACCUAUCAGUAUUAUUAGCUCUUAUUGGUUUUAUAUACUUUCAGUCAUUUUAUGUUUAAUAAAAUAAUAAAAUACAAAAUACAAUUAUUAAAUGGUUAAUACUGGUAAAAAUUAUAUAAAUAAAUAAAUAUAUGAAUGUGUCAUUUCGCUUGAAAUAUUGUUAUAUGUGUAUUGUACAACCGGUUUUGAAUUAAAAAUUCGACCUCACGUAAAAUCACAAAAUCAAAAAGUAAAACGCGACUAAAUGUAAAAAAAUAAAUGAAGGAAUACACAGAGAAAAAAUUUUACAAAUUAGUCAUUUUACAUAAAAAUGUAUUAUUUUAAUAGGAGAGAUUAUUUAAAAUUAGUUAUUAUUAGAUAUGUUAAAAAAUAUAAAUUAUUUGGUUUUUAUUAAUUAUCUAAAAUGUAUUGAUAUAAGAUAUUAUUUUAAAAAUAAGUUUGUAUAUUUAAAAUAUUAUUUAAAUUAUUAUUUUUUUUUUUAUUGUGUAUGUGUAAUUCUUCUAAAAUGAUUAUUUUCUAAAUCAUGUUUAGCGAAUCAAAUAGAACAUAAAUAAAAACAUUCAAUUUACACUUUAAUACAAAUAAAUAAUAAAUUAAAUUUUUUAGAUCUUACAGUUUCCAUAGUAAAAAAUGAAUUUGAUUUUAGUAUUUACAGGAAACUUACACAAACUGACGUUAUAACACUAUAUGAUUCUAAUCACCCUUGUUCUUAAAAAAUAUAAUUUUUUAAUUCAAUAUUCUAUAGGCUUAAACAUAGUCCAUAGAAAUAAUAUAAAUUUAAAUGCUAUUAAAACAAUUUAUAAACGUAUUAAAUUAAAAAUAAAACACAACUCGCCAAAUAAUGUUGUUAACUAUUAUAGUAUGAAUUAUCAAAAUUAUAUGCCAAAUAAAUUUGCUUUUAAGACUUAUAAUAAUUUAAUGAAAUAUAUAAACAACAGAACUGAAUCUGUUCUGUUCAAUUUGUUCAAAUCAAAACUAAAACCUUCACAAAGAAAUCCCUCUUUUGAAAAUGUUGGUGUACAUAAACUUAAAUAUAACUGUUAUAAAUUGUAUAUAGGUAAGAUAAAUAGAAAUUUUAAAAUGAGAUGUAAAGAACAUAUUUCUUAAGUAAAAAAAAAAAAGAUUGCCUCUAAUUCAAAUUUCACUAAACAUGUUUUAGAAAAUAACCAUAAUAUAAGUUUAGAUAUUAUGCAGACUUAGAAAUAUUAAAUAACUAAAAUAAUAUUUGCAUUAAUUCAGUUUUAGAAGAAUUACAUAUACAAAAUGAAAAAAAAAUAAAAAUUAUUUUAAUAAUAUUUUAAAUGAACAAACAAAUUUUUAAAAUAAUAUCUUAUAUCAAUAUAUUUUAGAUAAUUAAUAAUAACCAAAUAAUUUAUUUUUUCUUAACAUAUCUAAUAACAACUCAUUUUAAAUAAUCUCUCCUAUUAAAAUAAACUAUUUCUCUGUAAAAAAACCAAUUUAUAUAAUUUUGUCUCUAUUUAUUUCUUUAUUUAUUUUUUCUUAUUCAGUCAUGUUUUACUUUUUGACUUUGUAAUAUUACCUGAAGAUGAAUUUUUAAUUCGAAACCGGUCAUACAAUACACAAUUCAUAAUACUCCACAGAAUUGGAAAUGUGUCACCAGAAAGGUGACACAUUCAUUCAUUCUUUUAUUUAUUGAUGUAUUUCAUGUUUGAUGUUUCCUCUUCUAGAAAACAAAAUACAAUUUAUAAUUAUACAGAGUUAUCACAUUCUAAUUUAAAAAAAAAAAAAAAUUCUGUAAAACCUAUAGGAAAGAGCACCCACUAAUAUUAGGAUUAAAAAUUUAAACAAAUAUAUUUAUGCUAAAAUAUAGUAAAAAUUAAAUAUCAUUAUUAUUAUUAAUAGUACCAUUAAUGAUACUGGUGAUGAUGAAAUUUGAUAAAUUUAUAUUAAAAUACUCGAUUCAAAUAUACUUUUGAAUUUUUGUCAAAUGUGAUAUUAUCAAAUAUACUUUUGAUUAGGAAACAAUUACAAUUUUCAGCUAAUGAUAUUUAUGGCAAUGUUGAUCAAUGAUAUAUGUUAUGUUACAAUUUUGAAACAAUUACUAUUAUAUUUAUUUUAUUGUUUAAAACAUUUGAAUUUGUGCUAAAACUUGUUCAAAAUAUAUCCAGCACUAUAUAUAUAUAGUUCAUUGAUAAAUUAAUGAAUAACAUUACAUUUAUAAUACAUUUUAAUGAAGUUUUUAACAAUUUGCACAAUUACUUUGUGCGAAAAAUAUGUUAGUUAUUUUGGUUAACCAUCAUAUUACUCUUAACAUAUAAAUUAUUGUUGUGACAUAAUUAUUAAUAUAAUGGUAUUUAAUUUAAUUUAAAUUAGUGAACAACACAUUUUGCGUGAAGAAUUAAAAGCUUUGCAGUCAUUAAAUGUUCGUUUAACUCAAAAAGCUUCUGAAGUUGAAGAUGAAUUGAAAAAAACUAAGCAAGAAUUAGAGCAGCUCAAAGUUAACAAAUCUGAUUCUGAUGUAAUUAAAUCUAUAAAUAAAUAUUAUAUAUUAUAUAUAUUUAAUAUUUAUAAAAACAAAAAAUUAUUUACUUUCUAAACUUAUUAAAGUUAUUAAUAAUUAUUAAUAAUUUUAUAUUAAUAUAAUAUAAAAAAAAAUAUUUGUGACUUAAAUUUCAGGAAGAAAAAUCAUAUGCGGAACGUAAACGAUUCACUCGUGUUGAAAUGGCUAGAGUUAUUUUAGAAAGAAAUAAAUUUAAAGAACAACUAAUGGAUUUAGAAGAAUCUCUCCGUUGGCAAGAAACUGUACGUGCUAUUCGAUUAGAGCCAAAUGAGAAAAAAAAACAGGGUGUGUGGAGACUGUAAGUGAUUAAUUAUUAGGUUUCUGAGUGGUGUAUAAACAAUCAAAUAAAAUAUGAAUAUGCAUUUAUUUUUUUUAUGUUUGGUAUUUUCUAGUCUAAAAACUUAAUGAAUAUUAUUUGAAUUUUGUUAUGAGUAUAUUAAAACAACUAAUUGUCUUUAAAGUUUUAGCAACUUAUUUGGAAGCAGUGCCAAACCCAGCGAUGCUGGACUUGGAAGUGGAACUAGCGGAGGAGGCUUAGUUGUACGACCAAGAUCGAUACAUUAUGAUCCAUCAUCUCAUCAAGUUGGCCCCCCUAGUAUAAUGAAAAGACGUAGCAUGAUAGAAGGAGGUAGAUAUAGUCGAUAUGAGGAUGACAUGUAAGUAUUGUAUUUUUAGUAUAAUUUCUCUAGGACUAACUUUUGCAUGGCUAAUGGGAUUGCUAACUAAACAAAAAUUAUAUUUCAACUGAAGUUACCAUUCAUGUUGAUGCUGGGGAUUAAAAAACUAUUUUUUAUGUCCAUGUAUUAUUAUAUUUCUUUACUGUUUUCGGUAUAAUUAUCCUGAUUUAAUUCAAUAAUAAUAUUGUUAUUUUAUAAUAUAUCGGUUACAGAUUGGAAUAUUAUUUUUAUAAUUCUCUUCAAACAAUAUUUCAACAUAAACAAUUGAACUUUAUUGUAUAAAUAUAUGUAAAAAAAAUAUAUAUAUAUAUGCACACAUCCAAAAGAAAGCCAAUUAGGUUGGUCCUAGAGAAAUAUUGUGAAUAAUUUUUUAUUAUUGUUGACUAAUUCAAUUGUAUUUAGCUAUAGUGAUAAAUCAAAACGUUCUGAUCGACGAGUGCAUUUUGGUCGAAUACGUACACAUAUACCUAGAGAAGAUAGUUGGUUACAAGCCUAUGGUUGGAGUAUGCCAGCUGAUCCUUCCAAUGGAAGACCACUUUUAAGUAUGCCCUUGCAGAUUAAUAACCCAAGUACUAAUUAUCCAGUUCCAGUUUUGGUAAAUUGUUGUUCACCACUUGCUGAUACAGAACCUGGAAUGAAGGUAAACAUUUAUAAAUUUCUUUGUAAUUUUUGUUUGUCAAAGGAAAUGUCUUAAGUAAAACUAAGUUUAAUUCUAGUUUCUUGUGUGAAAGUUGUAUUUUCAGAUGUUUUAAUCCUUUCCUAAAAUUCACCCAUUAUCAUAAAUAAAUAUUUAAAAGAUCUAAUAAAUAAUGAUAUUAUAGUGAGUUCUGCUUAAUAUGAUCAUAUUGGUUCAGGUCAUUUUGAUUCUAUUAAUCAGUUGAUUCCAUAAAACAUUUUUUUUUUUUUUUUUUUUAAUGAUUCUAUAUUUAUACAUAAACUUAAAAUAAAAUAAAGAAGCUAUCUAUUUUCGAUUGUACUUGAGAAUUUACUAAUUUCAGUUUCUUAUUAGCCUGAAAUUAAAAUCCAUAAUUAAUUAAUAUACAUAUAAUUUUAAUUAAAUACAUAAUAAUAUACAUUGUACAUGCAACUUUAGCAAUAUUCAAUAAAAACAUACAAUAGGUAUCAUAAAAACAAUAAGAAUGUUCUCAAAAGUGAUUCAAUUAUCCAGUACUUAAUGGAUCUAAUAAAAAGUUAAUUUAACAUUAAUAACAUAAGAUUUAGUUUGAAAUUUUCAUUUUUGAUUCUAUAAACUAGUGUUUACAUUAAAUGAAAUUCACGGUAUUAUUAAUUUACAAAAAUUAAAAAUGUCAACAUUAAUAUUUAUUUAAACUUAAACUCCAUCUAUUUAUGAAAUUUUUAAUAUAAGUUGUCAUUUAAAAAUCAAAAGUAAGUAGUUUCACUCUCAAAAAUAAGAGUAAUAAAAGAUAAUGUUAAUAUAACAUUUUAAAGCUCCUUGUUCCUUAAAUUGUCAAAAGAAUAAAUAAUUUUAUAUAUAAAAAUGUUACUUUUCGAAAUAUUGGAUAUUAUGUAUGCUACCAUUAUACAUAUCAUAAGAUAUUUGAUGAUAUCAUAAGAGGCUGAGGUUAUUAAACAAUAAAAUCAACAGAAUUCAAAAAAUACUUAAUAUUACUUUAAAUACUUAUAUAUUAAUACCUAUGUUUGUUAUUUUAUUUGUUUAUAGAUGUGGUGUGCUACUGGAGUUAAUCUUAGUGGAGGUGUUACUAAAGACGGUGGAGCAAUUUUUGGUGCCAGUGUUUUUUACAAUAAUGACACCGAAGAAAAAAUUAGUACAAAUUCAGAGUUUACAAUUACAAUUGAUGAAAGCAUUGAAAUGAAAAAAUUAGAUGAAGAAUUAAAAGUAGUAUUUUUUUCUAUUACUCCUUUAUUAUUAAUAGUGCUAAUUCAUUAAGUUAUUUUAGGAUAAUAGUAGAUCAAAUAUAGAAUCAGAAUUAAUAUUGUCAUCACUCAUCUGGAUAUGCACUACAACUUAUAAUAAUACAAAAGUAGUCAUAAUUGAUGCUAAUAAACCUGACAUUGUGUUAGAGACCUUUAAUAUUUCAUGUCAAGCACAUAUUGGUUGUAUUGCUUCAGUACCAGGUAACAUAUUUACUUUAUUUACCAUAUUUCAUUAGCCAAAAAUAGGAGAAACUAUUUCUCCCAAUUUACUUUAUCAAAACUUUAAAUCAUUAAAUUAUUAGUUAUUAUAUUCAAGGUAAAUUGAUUAAAUGUUUGUUUAAUAUUGGUUAUACAUUAAGAUUUUGAAUAAAAUAUUUUAAUUCAAAUUUAAAAAUAUAAAGGGUGAUUCUUUUAUUGUUGAACACUCAUUAUUUCACAAAAUAUAGACUUUUCAAAAAAAAUUUAAAAUGUUUAACAAUUUAAGAAACAAGCAGAUCUAAAAUUGUAUAUUACCUUUAUUUUUUUGUAGUCAUUAUUUUGGGGUUAAAACAACUGCCAACUUUUGAUUUUCUAAUAGUAACAUAUAUUAAAAGUUCCAUCAAUGGCAUAUUAGUUUAAAUACAAUAUUGUUAAAUUAAGAAAUAAAAUUAACAAAAAUAAAUUUUUGAUUUCUGUCAACCCAUUCAAAAGAUAUUCCACUUUUAAGUUUGGGUGGGGGAGGAUAGUGGAACACUAUUCAAACAAUACAUAGGUGGGCUGUUUAGCUUUUAGCUGACAACUUAGAAAAAACCUAUUGUUUAAUUACCAUCACAAAAUAUGCCUCGGACCAAAGAAACAGUUUUACCUUUUGGACACGGAAAUUGGAAAGUAGAUUUUAAGAUCAUGGCUUGGAAUUUAUAAAGCCUUUUUGGGACUGGCAUAAGUCAGAAUCUAGUGGAGGUCUUAAGUGCAUAUGGAGUUAAAGAAGCAGCAUUGCAGAAGAUAAAAUGGAAAGUAACAGCACAAAUAAGAAUAAAAGUUUACAAAAUAUAUUUCUCAGGAAUGGUAGACAGGCACAGGUAUGGGAGUGAUUUUGCUGUACACAAGUUGUUGGUGCUACAUAUUGAUCACUAGACCAAUUUUGGAAAGGAUUGUAGUGCUAAAAAUAAAUAGCCAACCAGUAAAUAUUUACUAGUAUGUUAACAUGUCCCUAUGGAUUCAAGUAAGGACAACAUGAAAGAUUCUUUCUAUGAAGAUCUAGAUAGAACAUGAUAGACUUCAGGAAUAUUAUAAAAGUUUUAUAAGAGAAUCUGAACGCAAAAUGUAGAAAAUAAACGCACUAUUCCAUCUACUAUUUAAUUUAAUGUAAGAAAAAGUAGUAAAAAUGAGUGAAACAAGUGGGAUAACGGUCAGCCAUGCCAAAACUCAGUAGCUUUUGAAAAAGUUAAAGAAUUUCAAUAUUUAGAAGUAUCAGUACAAAGUUUGAUUAGAAAAAAGAAUGGUCUCGCAAGAUUAGUUUGAAGAUAGCAAAAGCUGAAAGCUUUUUUUCACUACCCAAAUUCUUCAAAUCCAAAGUUUCAUCUAAGAAAAUAAAAUUAAAAAUAUACACAUCAAUAAUUAGACCUACUCUCACUUGAGGAUGAGAAGUAUGGACAACUGUGACAGUAAGACGACUUAGAACUUUCAAAGAUGAUAUGUAUACCAGUUUAUGACACAAGCAAAAAUUAAUGAAGAAGGAAGUUCAGAAAGAACUAGGCUUAGCACCAGUAACUAGUUACAUAAAAGGGCAAGGACUGUACACUAUACAGUGGCAGCUGGGCCAUAUUAUGAGAAUAAGAAACCAUCAAAGCAAUCAUAGAAUGGAAAUCGGAAGGGAAAAGACCUCGAAGCAUACCGAAACAGUUGUGGCUAGAUAUAGUAAAAGAGGAUCUUAAAGCUCUAGGAAUAAAAGAAUGGAAAGCAAUUGUUCAGAAUCAAGAGAAAUGGAAGAAAGUAGUGAUGGUGGUAAUGACUAAUUUAAUUGAGUUGUAAAUGUCACUGAAGAAAAAGAAGAAAUAAAUAAAGCAAUAAGAAUGAACAUAGGGAAUGUGGAUAUAAAAUUCUAAUUUUAAGGACCACCCUAAUUAACAAAUAUUAUUUAUUAAAAGAUGUAAGGUAUCACUUAAAACAUAAAAGUUGAAAAAACACUAACAUAUAAUUUAUAUGCUGUAUUAAUUUUUAACACUUAUGAAUACAUUAUUUCAUUUAUUCCAUUUGUUACUAUUAUUAAAUAGGCAAAUACUAUAAUAUUAUUGUACUCAUGCCCAAAAAUCAUUAUCGCUAUUUGUAAUUUACUUACAAUAAAGUUAUUAUUAUUAUUAUAAGUAACUGUAUUUUGAAAUGGUUUUGCUUUCAAAACUGAAUACUAGAAUAAAAUGGUUUACAAUUCUAUAAAUUAAAAAAUUAAUUAUAAUUUAAAAUAUGAUGUAAUACUAUGAUAAAAAUUACAAGAAUAUUGAUUUUAAUGAUUGAUGUUAAAUGGAUUAUUUUCUAUGAAUAAUAAAUACAAUUUUUUCAGGAGCCCUAGAAAGUGAUUAUAUAGAUCAUGAUAUUAUAAAUUGUGAGCCUGAGCAAACUGAAGAAGUUACUGAAGAAGACAAACAAGUGCCAAAAGAUAAUAAAUCUUCUGAUGUUGAAAUAGGUAAAAUUGUGUUUGUCAGUUGUGCAGCUGGAAGUGAAGAAACUGAUUUAGAUGAUACUGAUAAAACAGAUGAAGUUUUAAAUGAAACAACUUCUGAUGAAGUUGAUGAUAGUAAGAAUAAUUCUUCUUUAUAGCUUUUUUUUUAAAUGGUCUGAAUUUGCUGCUUGUUGUGUUUUGUGCUAUUGUUUGUAUUUUACUCUUAGAAGGUAGCAUAUCAGAUUCUAUUCAACCAAAAAAUAAUAGCUGUGAAAUAUCAAGAAGACCUAGUUUAUUGAAAGAAGGUAUCAUAAAGGAUGGAUUAUCUGACCCUCCAAAUGGUAAUUUAUUUCUAAAGAAAUGUUAAAUAUUUAUUUUUUUAUUUAACUAUUAAGAAAAUUUACAUUAUUUUUAUUAACCUAAUCAUAUAAUUAAAAAAACUAAUUUAAAAAAAAAUAUUACUUAUACCUAAUAAUGCAUACUCCUUUAUGAAACAUUCAUAAAUAAAAGCUGAUACCGGGGACAGGUGCAGCCACUGUUGUAAUUGGGAAUAUGGGAUACAUAAAGAUAAAGUUAUUUAAUUUAUACCUAUAACCAACAAUAAACCAUUGCUAAUAUAUAGUAGUUAUUUAUUGUAACCAAAAAUAACAAGAAAAAAUUAAUGAAAACGAUCCAGAGCAAAGUUCAGUAAUGCGUGUUUUGAAAGGCAGUAGGUGGUAAUAUUUAUGAUUUUUAUCAAAGUUUGAUUUUAAAACUUAAAAAAAAAAAUUGCACUCAAUUUUUUUUUUUACUACUUUGUACGACUUAAUGAACCUCCAGUUAUAUUUUAAAUUUUCAACCAUUCCUGUUUAUUCUAACAAUUUUAUCCACACAUACAAAAUAAAAAUUACGUAAAAUCUCGCAAAAAUUAAAAUGUUACCGCUUCCAGAGAAACCAAAUAGUUUUCUAUCUAAAUUUUAAGUUUUACAAAUAUUUUUAUCUACACAUUUUUCGGUUUUGCUUAAUUUUUAAAAAAACUACAAAGAAAUCAAAAAACAAUUUUCUUGGUCACCAACUAGAUUAAAAAAAUCAACAAAACAUAUCGCUUGUUGUUUUUUAUUAAAGCAAUAUUUCUAGUAGAGUGUGGAAAGCCUACAAAUAUAAAAUAAUGAUAUUGUAACACUAUAAAUGUGUAAAUUUUCAUUUUACGAUUAUUUGGUUUUUUCUAAUUAUUAAUAUAACUACUAAUAAAAUAGUUGUGCCAUAAUUUGAAAAAUAAAUAUUUUUUCAUCUUUUUGGUUUUUCCAAAUUAUUUUGAAAACCCCUUGGAAAAUUAAAAAAAUGACCUCAGUAAGCCAACUAGAAAAAAUGACCUUUCAAAAAAUUUAUUCUCUAUAUCUGAAUGAGAUUUCUUUUCACAAACAGAAAAAAUACAAAAUAAACAGAAAAAAAACAUAAUAAAACCAAUAGAAUUCCCACUACGCUCUCUAAAUUUGUUUAAAAUUGCUGAUAAUAUAUUAAUUUUUCACUGGUAGCAGGGUGAUACACAUCCCCACAUCUCUUUUCUUCCAGCUGUGAUAAGAAUGAGAUAUUAGUUUAUCAUAUAACAUUAUUUUUAAAAUGAUUAUAAUCAUGGCUUUAAAUACUAAAAUAGACCUUAAAGUAGUGGUUAUAACUUUUAGUACACUUUAAAAGAAAAAUAACUUUUAGUAAAGCAUAGUGUUUUGUAAUUGUUAUAAACAUAUGUGCUUGUAAAAUAAAUUGUAACUUGUAAGUAAUAAUAUUUUUAGUCAAAAUAUCAUUAAACUUUGGUCUUAUAAUGCAUUUUAUGUGAAUUUAAAUAUUUUAGCUUUAGUAAUAUAUUAGAUUAAAAUGAUAUAUUCACAUAAGUAUACUUAUUAUUAAAUAAUAAUAUUUCUAUUUUUUAAAUUCCAUAGUGAUAUGCUAUUUUUCAUUUUAUUAAUGCUUUUAUAUAAAUUAUAUUUUAGCACAAAAAUAUUUAUUUUGUACUUUUAUUUUGAUUAGGCAUCAUAUAAAAAAAAAUAUUUUAGAUGUGUGUUAUUAAAUAAUGUUUUUCAUUUUUUAAGAGCACUUUUAUUAUCAAAAUUUACAAGUAAAAUAAAUAAAUAAAAUUGAAUUAAAAGUAUAUGUUUAAUUUAACUGCACAACACUGAACAAUAGAUAACCUAUAACAAAACAACAAUAAGUUUUAAAUCAACUUAAAACCUGCUUUAGAGAUUUAUAAUUAUUAAAACAAUUAUCUAUCCCAUAGAAGUUGAUAAAUAAAAUAUUUGAUAACCUAAAAAAUAUAGAUAUGAAAAAUUCUAGGUACAAAUUUAUUAGGUGUUAAUUAUUUACAUUUGGUAAAAAACAUCCAGAAUCAAACAUCUGAAUUCCAUUGUGAAUAAUACACUUUUAUGCCACAAAACAAUUAAACAGUACAAUACUUUAAAAUUUUAUUUAUAUGAUUUUUCAGUACUUUUUGGAGUAAAAUUUGUAUACAAUAUUAUUAGAACUAUAAUAUUUUUAUCUGCAAUGUUAACAUUAUUAUUGGUUUUUAUUUUACCUAACAAUAAAUCUAAGUAUUAAUUCAAAUAAAUUUGAUAUUACCUUUAUAAUACACAAUAGGGUUCAAAUGUUUGCAAGUUGUAUAUUAAUUUAUAUUUGUGAAAAUUAACAUCACACAGUUAACACUUUUGUUAUUGUUUUGAUUUGGAUGUCUUUAUUAAUUGUUUUAUUAACUUUAAAUUUAAUUAUAUUUAUACCAGUAAAUGUAUGUUUAUACAAGGUAAUUCACUAAGUGUGUUCACCACAUUAUUUUGGUUAGAUUUUACAUAUUUCAAAUUCUGAUUUUUGAAAUUUUUAAGUGUUACGACAAUAUUUUCAUAUAUUUAAAUUUUUCUUAACAUUUAAGGAGUAUCCUAUGAUGAUUCCAACAUCAGUUUUUCAAAUGAGAAUCUAUAUUUAAAAUUACAUAAAUAAAUAGAUGGAGUAUUAGUUUAAAUAAAUAUUGGUGCUAAAAUUUUUGAUUUCCGUUAAACCGUUGACCAGAUAUUUGACUUUUAAGUUUAGGUAGGGGCAUUGGAGCACAUAUGGGAGUGCCAAAAAAGGCUUAGCACCCCUAAAUCUAGAAUAAGCAUCCCCAGGUUAUGAACUUGAUAAAAUAAUUAUAAUACUCAAAUAGUAUUCAAUUAUGAAUAUGAAGUAAUUAUUAUUAUACUAUUGUGUGUUGAUUUAUAUUAUAUUAUUAUGUAAGUUUAUGUUAAUUGUUUUCAUAUAUUUAAAGAGAUACCUAUGUUGGUUAUUUAUUGGGCAAUGAAACUUUCAUUAUUUCAAUUUUGUUUAUUUAAUGUGUAGGUAAUAUUAUAUAAUUUUAUUUUGAAAUAUCAAAUAGGUCAGCAGGUGUGGGGGCGAAGCCCCUUACGUAAUAACUUAUCGUAAAUAAUUUUAAUUCUCCCAAGUUUAAGACCGAAUGUGCGCUAAUGGGUAGAGAGAAAAUAGUGUAGUAUUAUUUUUGGGUGCACCGGCCACUAAAAUUUAAUUAAUACUCCAUCAGUUUAUGGAAUUUUGUAUAUAGUCUCUCAUUUGUAAAACCAAAAUUGGUAUAAUGAUAGAAUACUCCUUAAAUGUAGAGAAAAAUUUAAAUAGUUAAAAAUACCAUCUUCAGUUAUACUUUAAUUUCCAAAAAUCAGAAUUUUCAAUGUAUGCAAAAUUUAAACAAAAAAAUAGAGUGAGUACGCUUUGUGAAUCAUCUGUAUAGUCAUUAAAAUUCUAACACUCAUUAUUAUUUAUACACUUAAUGUAAAGUUUAAAUUAUGGUUAUUUUGUGUUAUUGAUAUUCUAUUAUUAUGUUUUGAAUUUAUUUUAGAUAAUGGAAUAGCUAAAGAAGAUCUUGAUAAAAUGUCAAGUGUCUUACCUACUGUUUGGUUAGGAUUUGAAAAUGGUUGUAUAUUUGUUCACUCAGCCAAGUCACAAUGGAAACGAUGUUUACAUUCAGUUAAAUUAAAAGAUGCUGUUUUAAGUAUCAUGUAAGAUAUUUUUUUUAAUAUGAAUUAUUAUAUAUUAUGUAUUUAAAUUAUUUUACUUUAAGUUAUGUCGAUGGUCGUGUUUUGUGUGCUUUGGCUAAUGGAACGGUAGUUGUAUUUCGUCGUAACGAUGAUGGUCAAUGGGAUUUAAGCAAAUAUCAUAGUGUAACUUUAGGCCCACCACAAAAUGCAGCUCGUUGUUUAGUAUCGGUUAAUAGUAAACGAGUUUGGUGUGGUUAUAAAAACAAAGUGCACAUUAUUCAUCCACGUUCAUUAGUUGUUAUUGUAUGUACUGUUAUAACAAAAUAUCAAAAUAUUAUAAAUAAGAUAAUUUUAUUAUAAAAUAAUGAUGUAAUAAUUUAGCAUACAUUAGAGGCACAUCCUCAUAAAGAGAGUAAAGUACGUACUAUGGUUUGGGUGGGCGAUGGCGUUUGGGUAUCAAUUCGUCUUGACUCAACAAUAAGACUUUAUCAUGCAUAUAACUAUAGUCAUUUACAAGAUGUUGAUGUACAACCAUUUAUUAUUAAAAUGCUAGGUAAAUUUGUUGUUAUUAAAUAACAUUAAGAUUAAAAUAAUUUAGUAAAUUGUAUUUUUUUUAUUAACAGGCUCUGAUAAACCACAAUUAUCAUGUAUUAGAAUUACAGCAAUGUUAGUUGCUUCUAAUAGACUAUGGAUUGGCACUGGAAUCGGUGUAGUAAUAUCAGUUCCUCUUUUAGACAGUAAGAUAUUUUUGAUUAUACUUAACAUUCCUCAAAUUUUAUCUAGUGCUUAAAGAGAAAAAAUAACUAGUUUUUUUUUUUGAUAUAUUUAUGAAACACUUAUUUAUUUGUAUUUUACUUUUAACUUUUCUAAGAUUAGUUCAAUUUUAAUAAUGGUAUUAAUUGAUUCUUACUGAGUUAUUUUUUUUUUUUUCAGAAGGUUUAUUAGGUUUCCCAAUUAAUAAAGAAGUUAAAGUAUAUUCUGAACCAAAAACUCAAGAAAUCACACCAAGUAGUUUCACACCAUAUUGCUCAAUGGCCCAUGCUCAACUGUCUGUGCAUGGAUUUAGAGAUUCAGUAAAAUUUUUUGUGUCUGUACCAGGUAAAAUAUAUAAAAAAUCAAAAUUUAAACUCAAUAAAUUUACUGACAUACUUAAAUGAUUGAAAAAAAAAUCUUAAGAAAUGAAGAGUAAUACUUAACAAAAAUGGACAGGGAAGUGAUAAGUAGAAAUAAAAAAAAAGAGUAUAUUGUGUAUCAGUAUGGAGAAACAGGACCAGACUAAUAAUAAUAAUAAGUGGUGAUGUAAUAGGCAAGGUUAAGAGUUUUAAGUACCUAAAAUAGUUCUUCAAAAGAACAAUGUCUUUGAUAUAGAUUUUAAAAAAAGGAUUAAGUUUAGUCGGAUAAAGUAAGAGAAGUGUCAAGUAUUUAUGUAACAAGAGAAUUCCUAUGACACUAGGUAAGUUCAAUUAAAUUGUUGCGAGACUCACUAUGUUGUAUAGAUUGAAGUGUUAGGUCAUAUACAGAAAAAUAAAACAGUGAAUAAGCGUAGUAGAAUUGAGAAUACUUGGGUGGAUUAAUGUAGUGAUGAGAGUAGAUAGUAGAUAGAAUAAGGUAUAAUAAGUAUAAUAAUGAAAUGUACAUAAGAGGUAGCUUAGGUGUGGCUUCCAUAGUAGACAAAAUUAAAGUAAUGGACCGAGAUGGUUUGGGCUUGUUAAGAUGAGAGAGAAAUCCGACGUAGUAAAAAUUGUAAUGAAAAUAAAUAUAAGAAGAAAGAGGACCAUUAAAUUUUGAAGGUUGAAUGUGAGAUAAAGAAAUACAUUUUAAAUGGGAAAAUUCAACUCCUGAUGAGAACCAUCAUCAAAAUAAAAAUCUGAAUAAAUUAUGGGAUUUUUAAAAACAAAUUUGAAAUGGUUGUUUUGAUUAGGAAAUUGAUCCAAAAAUAAUAAAUGUCCUAGAAGGCCCAGCUAUAAAUAAUGCAAUCUCAGAAAUUAAACUUGCUAAAAAUCUCCUAUUGUGUCUUCUACAUCUUACUGAUAGUUUUAUUGACGACUAUUUUGAUAAAAUUUAAUUUAAUAAAAUUAUAUACUAUACAAAGAGCAUACCAAAAAAGAUUGACAUACAGAAUAUACUGGGUAAUUCAUUGAAGUGGGGUACACUAAUUAUCUUGGAAAGUAUUAACUUUUUUCGGAAUUUGUUUUCUAGAAUAUUUAAGAAACAACCAGCUAUACAAUUUUAUAUUUAUGUUAUUUUUUGUAACCCUUAUUUUUGGGAGUAAAACUACUACCUACUUUUGAUUUUCAAAUGGCAACCUAUAUUAAAAAUUCCAUAAAUAAAUAGAGUAUUAGUUAAAAUAAAUUUGAGUGUUGAAAUUUUUUAUUUCUGUUAAGUCGUUGAAGAGAUAUUCCACAUUUAAUUUUAAGUUGGAGAAGAAUAAGAGUGCAUUAUUAAUAUGCCACGUGCCGUACUACUACACUAAUGAUACUCCAAUACUCUCCUUCAACCCAAACUUAUAAAUGAAAUAUCUUGUCAAUGGAUCAACGGAAAUAAAAAUUGUCAACACUAAAAUUUAUUUUAACUAAUUUUAACUCAAUCUAUUUAUGGACUUUUAAAUAUAGGUUGUUAUUUGAAAAUCAAAAGAAAGUGGUGGUUUUACCCCCAAUAAUAAGGAUGACAAAACAUAACACAAAUAUAAAAUUGUGGAGCAGUUUGUUUCUUAAAAAUUCUAGAAUACAAAUUCCGAAAAAAGUUAAUACUUUUCGAGAUAAUGAGUGUACCCACAUAAAUGAAUCACCUAGAUGGGAAUUUAAUAUAUAUUUGUAGGCAAUGAUGAUUAAACAUUGCUAAUGAAAAACGAGUCUUAUUAAAGUGUGGUUAGUUUAGGUUAUACAUGUUUUGAAAAUAUGAUUUUAAAACUCUAUUAAAAAAUAAAAAUACUACAUUAAACUAAAUUAUUUGUACUUAGGAUCUGGUGGUUUUUCAGCAGCAUCUGCUAUUCAACAAGAUGAGCCGAUAGUUGAAAGUGUACCAGAUGCUGAACAUUUGACUUCUACAUUGAUUAUAGCUGGUGGUGAAGGUUAUAUAGACUUCAGAUCUGGUAAACAUUUUAUAAUCAUGGUUUUUUAAAUUAAAAUUAAAAACAUUUUAGAAAUAGAAAUAUUUAAAAUGUUUUGUCUGUAGUCGAUGGCGAAGAAAUGAAUGACACGACAUGCCAUUUGCUCGCUUGGUCCAUGUUGUCUAGAAUUAUUCAACAGGACAGUUACUAAAAAAGUUUUAAAAAAAAAUAUAUCCCUCAAAUAUUAAAAUGGUAUUUAUAAUUAUCGGUCCAUAAGUUUCGCUUUGAUUUUUUCUUUUGUUACUGAUAUGGUUCAAUUUCUUGACUUCUAUCCUAAAAUAUUGAAAUUUUUUUUUAGCACUAAUCUUUUUAAAUAGCAAAUAUUUUUAAAUCAUAGUAUUUUAUAAUUUAAAAUUAUUUAUUGAAGGUUAUUACUGUCUGACUCUGAAGUAUACAAUUUUGUUUAUAUUUAUUUGAAUAAGUCAAAUAACUAAAUUUCAUAUAAAUAUUUAAUGCACUUUAAUCCUUACUAAACUGAAAUUCUUUUUUUGAAAUUACUUCUUUAAAGUUUUGUUUAUGUUUAAUUCCAAAUCCAUAUAAGGGUCUAAUCUGUGUUUAAAUUUGUACAGUACAUAUAUUGCUUCAAACCAAAUAUUUUUUGUAUUAAUAUUUAACAUUCUCUAAUUAAAAAUCUAAAACAUCCAAAUGUGUUAAAAUUAAUUUACAUUACAGGAUUAAAGAUUCAAUUUUAUAUUUGUAAACUAGGUACUACAAACCAUCUUUUUAUAAACUCAUUCAUUUUUAUUCUCCAAAAAAAUUAUACACAACACUGAUCACUCACUUUACUAACAAAAAAAUUGGUAAUAAUAAUAGCUAUUACAGAUUUCAAUUUUUAAUCAAUUUUAAAUAGUUGUACUCCAAAGAAAUUAAUAAAUUGAUUUAAAUAAAUUAUAUUGUAUUUUAUUAUGUACAUUUGUUUACAAUUAAUGAACAAACUUAUAAUUUAUAAGUUUUCAUUAAUAAUAGGAUCACAUGGAUGUGGAUAAAAAUAUUCUUCUACUUGUACAUAUAACUACUUGUUACUUUUAUGUUAUAUACAAAUUUGAUUGACAUUGAUUAUUUUAUCAUCUAUUAUAAAGUAUAUUGUUUCUAUAGAUAGUGUGAGGUAUAAUGGUGUAGGUUAAUUUAAUUUGUCUUUAUUUGUGUAAAAAAAUAUGUUGAACUUUUUAUAAUAUACUAUUCAUUAAUUUAAAAUUAAAUAAAACCAAACACACCACUAAAAAAAAAAAGUUAUUUCUAUUUUUACAUCAGUUUCUGAAGAUAAAACAACUGGUUUUCUUUGUUAACAACUUUAAUACUUUAAAGUGAUAAUCUAUUAUAGUGUUGACUAUUUUUAUUUGAUAAAUAUGUUACCUAUAAAUUUAUUAAUAAUUUAUUCAAAUACAUACUAUCUAUUAUUUUAAACCAUAAGUUGUCAAUAGCCAAUAGAUUUUGGUUUUCAAAAUUGGUUCUCUUUUAAGAAAUAUUGGAACUUUUAAUUUUACUUAGUAUGUUUUGUUAAUUUGACCUGUACUAACAAUAGAUAUUUGGUAUACAAUUUUUAAAACCUAUAAGAGUAAUAUUUUUAAUAAUUUUAGAUGAACAAGAAGAUGGUGACUACUUUGAUCGGACAGAAAAAAACCAGUUAUUUCUCUGGGAAGUUUUAACAGAAGUUAAAAAAAAAUUAAAAAAGAAUGUUGAAUCACUAAAUAACACAAUUUAAUUAAAUGCAACCAAAGUUUUCGUACAAAGUGCCAUUUUUCUUUGUUACAUUUUUUAAUUAAACUGAAUUCAAAUUAAUGGUAUAAACUACUCUUCCUUAUUUUAUUAUUUAUUACUAAAUAUUGCUUUUGUUACCUUAUUAUUAUCUCUGUCUGUUAUAUUAUUAUUAUUAUUAUUAUUAUUAUUAUUAUUUACCUUUUGUUGUAUUCUACUGUGAUUUAUAAUUUAUUUGAGUACAUGUUUGAGAUUUUUUUAUGACUAACUCUUUGUUGAUUUGUGUUGGACAAUAUUUUAUUACAUUUUUAGAUAAUAAUUUGUUAAUACCUUUUUUACAUUUAUGAAUAAUGCAAAUUUUAGUCAACCAUAGUAUUUAUUAUAAUUAUUUAAUUAAUAUUUUUCAAUAUAUUUUAUUGUAACCUAAUUAUUUUAGGUAAAUAUUAUUCAUUAUAAAUAUUCAAUAUAGUUCUUAAACAAAAAAACCUAAAUUGUAUUAUUUUGUAUAUACGUUUUAUUUUUUUUUAAAUAUUUGCUGACUGUAUUAUAUAAUUAAGUAAUGCCAAAUACAUAUUGUUUUUAUUUAAAUUACAUUCAGUGUUAGAUGUAAUUAUCUUUUAUUUAAAAAAAUAUAUAAUGUGCAAAUUACAAUAAGUUUUUGUCAUUUUAAAUUUGUUCAAGAUUAUGUUUCACGUCCAUUAUAAUUAUUUUAUUUUAUAACAAAGUAAAUUUUAAAAAAUUAACUGUUUUAAUAAUUGAAUCAUCUGUUUACUAAGUGAUUGCCUUUUACCUAAU